AGCAGCUGGAGUUUGCUGUGGGUGCGCACCACCCCGGGAGACCCUCGCGCUGUGUGUGGUUGGGAGGGGAGGGGCGGGACUGGAGCGGCAGUGCUUGAAGAGUGCUUUGUUUCCAGAGCAGUGUACAAAGAUUGUCACAGCACCCCAUGCAGUAGGCAGAAAAAUGUUGCCGACCACUUCAGUUAGUUCCCCAAACCAGGGCAAUGGUGCGUUAAACUCCAGGGAUGCAGCGAGACAUACAGCGGGUGCAAAACGCUACAAAUAUCUAAGGAGGCUCCUUCACUUCCGGCAGAUGGACUUUGAGUUUGCUGUUUGGCAGAUGCUCUACCUGUUCACUUCACCACAGAGAGUUUAUAGAAACUUUCAUUACCGAAAACAAACAAAGGACCAGUGGGCAAGAGAUGAUCCUGCUUUCUUGGUAUUGCUGAGUAUCUGGCUGUGUGUCUCUACUAUAGGAUUUGGAUUUGUGCUGGACAUGGGAUUUUUUCAAAUGAUAAAGCUACUUCUUUGGGUUGUGUUUAUAGACUGUGUAGGCGUUGGCCUUCUAAUAGCAACUUUAAUGUGGUUUAUUUCUAAUAAGUACUUGGUAAAGCGACAGAGCAGAGACUAUGAUGUGGAAUGGGGAUAUGCCUUUGAUGUUCAUCUGAAUGCUUUCUAUCCACUUCUAGUCAUUUUGCAUUUUAUCCAACUGUUUUUCAUCAAUUAUGUUAUCUCGUCAACCUCAUUCAUGGGAUAUUUUGUUGGGAACACAGUAUGGCUCAUUGCAAUUGGUUAUUAUAUCUAUGUAACAUUUUUAGGGUACAGUGCAUUGCCAUUUUUGAAGAACACAGUUAUCCUUUUGUAUCCAUUUGCACUCUUAAUUCUGCUGUAUGUGCUCUCAUUAGCACUGGGAUGGAACUUCACCAAGACACUUUGUACUUUCUAUGAAUUCAGAGUGAAAUAAAAACAGGACUUCAUAUGUCUCUACGGUGUAGUUUGUCUUAGCUGCUGACAGUAUGCACAUCUAAGACCUCUCGUUGUAAAUGGUUGUAAAUUUUCUCUUUGUAGAUAAGUGUAAAAAGCUUGAAGAGUCUAUUGCAAUUUUUAAUGAUUAAAAUAUUUACAAACAGUAAAAA